GACAGCUGAUUGUGACCCUACAAGAGCCUAUAAUGGCCGCGGACGAAGGCAUUUCGACGUUCCCCGUGUGUGUCGAUCUUGUCGGCUCAAACCUCAAUAGAGACGCCGUUGUCACCCUUACUACCAUCGAAACUGGAGCAGCACUAGAAAAUGUGGAUUAUAUCAGGGAGAGUAUGGAUAUCACCUACUUUUCACCUAUAGAAGAGGUCAUCAUCUGCGAGAACAUUACUAUCAUUCACGACACACUCAGC